AUGGAUCGAACAAAUAAUACUAUGCCUCGUCCAACUAUUGCUCGACCUAUACCAUUAAAUCCACGUUCAGUUUCAACAACUAAAAUUGAAAAACAAUCAACAUCACCAAUACCAUCAUCAUGGUUCCCAUUAGAUCGUUUACAUACAGAAGCUAUUAUUCGACAUAAAGCAUUACAAUUGUUACAAGCAAGAUUUCCUCUUAAUACAGUUGAUUUUCUUUCUCCAAUUCCACCACCACCACCGAUUCAUCCUCAUUCACUUGCUGCAAUACUUUCAUCAUCAAAUUCACCCAAUAAUUCAUCAUCAUCAUCAUCAUCAAGUUCUUUCAAUUCAAGUUCGUCAAGUCCACCACCACCACCAUCAUCAUCAUCACUUUCAUUAGCAUUUCGAACACCAUUAUUACCUCCACCUCCACCUCUACCUCAAACACCCAUAUCAUCACGUAAAGAAUCAUCAAAACAAUCUUCAGAUAAAUGGUGGAGUGUUAAUGAACAUUCAUCAGGUUUAUUUGGUUCGGUAACACGACGAUGUAAACGUUGUCGUUGUCCAAAUUGUAUAAAUCAACCAUCAAAUAUUUUAUCAGAUUCAUCAGCAUCAAAACGUCAACAUAUAUGUCAUAUAUGUAAAAAAAUUUAUGGUAAAACAUCACAUUUAAAAGCUCAUCUUCGUUGGCAUGCUGGUGAACGUCCAUUUCGUUGUCAUUGGUUAUUUUGUGGUAAAGCAUUUACACGUUCAGAUGAAUUACAACGUCAUUUACGUACACAUACUGGUGAAAAACGUUUUGCAUGUCCUAAAUGUGGUAAACGUUUUAUGCGUUCGGAUCAUUUAUCAAAACAUUCAAAAACUCAUGAUAUUUCAUCAUCAUCGACAAUACAAUCAACAGCAAUUAUUAAUCAUCAACCAACUAAACAUCUUGAAACAACUAUUAGAAGUAAUAGUAGUAGUAUAAGUAGUGAAGAAAUAUGUGCAGAAAUUUCAUCACAUGAAGAUGAUGAACAAGAUGAAAUUAUUGAUGUGCAAUAUUGA